AUGGCUGGCAAGGGUCCGGCCCCGGGCGCACCGGGUUUGGCGGCGGCGGCGGCGGCGGCGGCAGCAGCAGCAGCGGCGGAUCCGCCCUUCUCCCUCGACAUCGAGGGGAAUGUCCUGCAUUUCCGUCAUGUGUACCACAACCCCGGACGACCGGCUGUCCGGCAGGUGACCGUGCUCAAUCGCCGCCUGGACCAGGUCCUGCGCGUGCAAUUGCGCUCCUCGCUCAAUGAGCAGAUCUCCUGGCGCCGUGAGGGGGUCUCCCUGACCCCGGCGGUGGUAUAUCUCCUGCCCGGGCAGGCGACGCGAUUGGAGUUGGUCUUCUCGCCGGGCUUGACGCCCGAUGUUCUGGAUCCGGUGGCGGCGGCGGUGGCAACGGCAGCGGUCACUGCCACGGCGAGCUCCCACCCCACGGCCUCCUCGUGUUCCUCCUCCUCCUCCUCCUCCUCCUCCUCGAGCUCCGCCUCGGGAAUGGCCACGCCGGCGGCCGAGCCAGGCACAGCCGCAUUGGGCUCGGACCUGGGCUCGAGCGCCCGUGACCUGGCCGAGGACCCGCAGGGCGACAGUCUGUUUAGCAGUUCCUCGACGGACAAUGUGGCUGGCCUGGGACCGCCGGCAUUGCCCAGCCGGCCGGAGGGCCGGAGCAUCUUCUCAUCCUCCUGCUCCGAGCUACGGGACAGCCAGUUCGAUGAUGUGCGCUCCGGUGCCGUUGCCACGGUGGGCGGUCAUGCUGGCCAUGGCAGCGGCUCUGCAGGCCAGGAGCAAUUCCAUCCGAUCACGAUCAAGGGCACGGUCUUUCUCCUGGCCAAGGCUCUGCCGGCCGGGGACUUCUCUGACAGUGGGGCUGAGUUUGGUCAGCCCGGCCUGCUGGCCGAGAUUGACGAGCGUUUCGAUCGUUCCGGGGACUUUUUCAAUAUGCCCCUCCGCUUUUGGGCCAAGGUCUGCGUUUCGCGCCUGGCGGUAUCAUACCCAUGGGACAACCUCCUGCUGCAGCGCUGUGUCGUUGGUCAAGCAAGCGAGCGGGAGCUGGAGCUGCGCAACCUGAGUGCCUUUCCCCUUCGCUGGGCGGCCCGGGUUCGGCCAUUGAAAUUCCGCUCAAGUGUGCCGGAUGAGUUGUCCCCGGGGCCGAGCCCGGGGGCGGAUCCCGCCGACGCCCAUGUCGACCCGGCCACCGCCAGCUACUUCACCCAGGCCGGCAUUUUUCUGGCCUCGCAGCGUGAAUCCUCCGCGGUGGUGGCCGGGUCUGGCAGCCCGGCCGAUGGGAGCCUCUCCCUGCGUUUGGCCUCCGGGGCCGGGCCCGACCUGUUGGUGACCGGCCCAGCCGCCAGCACCGCCGGUUUGGGCCACAUGCCGGAGAUUCCCCCCUUCGGGCGCCUGCGCCUUGUCCUCCGGUAUGCCCCGCAGCAGGCGUCCAAUGCGCGUUUCGGCUUGGAUUUCGUGAACCUCAACGAUCCGGACAAUGCGCGGUCCAUCAUUAUCCACACCACCUCGCGCGACCGGCCCCUGGACGAGCCGCUGCAAGUGCUGCCAACGUCGGUGCUCAGCUUUGGUCCCUGUCUCGAGGGCACGCCGGCCAUUCGGCGGCUGAACAUCCGCAACCCCAGCGCCUAUCCGAUUGAAGUGCGCCUGCUGUCCGACGCCCCGGAGCAGGUGUGGUUUUCGCUUGUGCCGACGGCCGCCUCGCUUGUCGGGCCGCCGGCCGCCGGGACCGAGGCCGGCCCGGGGGCCGAUGACCCGGACAUGGCCAUCCGGUCGGGGCAGGUGUGCUCCUGGUCGGAGCCGCCCCUGCCGCGGGUGUCUGUGCCGGACUUGCGCCCGGGCGGCCCGCGCCCGGGGAGUGGAUCAUCCCUGGUGGCCGCGGUGGAGGCCAUGCUGUCAGCCGGGAAGGCGGGCAUCCUGGCGGCCGAUGGGCUGCCGCAUGCCGCCAAGUCCGGCCCCGGGGGCGCCUUCUUCCCCGGAUCGCUGGAUCUCCUGUCGGCGGCCGGGCGCCCGUCGGCCGUGCUGCUGCCGGCAUAUGGGUCCACCGGGCCGGAGGACCUGACCCCGGUGGUGGUCGGUGCUGGGCCUGAUGCCGGGCCCGAUGCCGCGGGGGACUGGCUGGGCCGGCUGUCCUUCUCCGUGCGCUCGGCCCUGAUGCUGGAGCCCUUCCUUCUGUCGGCCGAGCUGACACGCCUGCACCGGAACCGCGUGGACACCCUGCGCCUGGCCCCGCACAGCACGGCCGACAUUCACUUGGUGUUCAUUUCUUCCUCGGCGUCCGGCGAGCCCGGGCCGGCCGGGGCCCAGCCGGGGGCCCCCCUCGCCGAGGCCGGCCCGGAUGCCGGGCCCAGUGGCAUUGGCCCGGGUGGUGGCAGCUCCGUCCGGCCCCGGUCCUGUUCCUUCCUCGUGUCCUUGCACUAUCGGGUCCUGGGGCAGGACACGACCGAGGGCCCGCUGCCGGGGCCCGAUCCCCUGCCCUUGGAGGGGGCUUCGCCGGCCGGGCCCGAGCCUGGCGGCUCGCUUGGCCCGGCCUCCGGGUGGUCUCACACCGGUCGAGUCAUUGUGGCCUGUUCGAGCCGCGUCAUCCGCCCGGAGGUUCGGCUCUUGGGUCUGCCCCUGACGGCGGAUCCGACCCCGCUGGCCCCGGCCCCCGGGGGCACGCCGCGACAGCUGCCCCUGCUGGACUUCGGCGUGGCGAAUGUCGGCUGCUCCAGUCGCCGGACCAUUCUCCUGCACAAUCCCACGGCCCUGCCCGUGCGCUUGCAACUCCGCCUGUCAUCCAAGGUGCUGACCGCCACCGAGCGUCCGUUCCUGGUCCCGGCGCACUCGUCGGUGGCCGUGCCAAUCACCCUGCUCCCGCGCAAGGUCAAUCCCGAGUACUGGAAGGUGGUGACCAUCAUGAACCUGCUGAAUCGCGGCAAUGACCAAUGCUUCCUCGUGCGUGCCGACAAUCGGGACCAGCCGCACUUGCUGAUGCAUAACCGGCUGUAUGGCCUCGGGCCGGAGCCCAUGCGCACGACCAUCGACUUCGGCAACCUCAUUGCCAAUUCGGCGGCCGUCAAAUCCUUCCGCAUUGAGAAUGCCUCCUCGGUCCGGCCCCUGACCCUGCGCCUGGCGUCCGGUGACCCUGGCCAGCUGGGCGUCUAUGUGCGUGUGCUACCGGGCUCCGGGGUCCUAUUGGGCCCGGAGGACCCGGUCGAGGCGCUUGCCGAGGCCCCGGCCCUGGCUCCUCCCUCUCCCAAGGAGGAGCAGGAGCAGGAGCACGAGGCGCCUGGCAUGCCCGAUGGCGCUGGUGGGUCCCUGGUGGCCGGGUCCCCUUUGCCCGGUGAGCCGAAUAGCGCUUUCCUGCUUCUCAAUGGGUCGCCGGCUUUCGAGGCUCCGGCUGGGUUCUUCCCGCCCGGCGGCCCGGCUGACGAGGGCCGUCUGCGUGAGGUUUCCUCUCCGACCAGCAUCAAAUGCCCGCUGCUGCGGCUUCAGGCAGCUGGUCUUGCCUUCCUGGAUGUGGACUCCCUGCAAGGGGGCCACAUGUCCUGCAGUGCCCUGCGGGGCUGCCGCUUCAACCCGGGCCCCGGGCCGGUCGACAGCCCCGUCGCCCAGGUGCCCACCGCCACCGAGCCGAGCAGCCCCCUGGACCCGGUGGAACGCAAUGCCGAGGAUCUCGGCCCGGUCCGACGCUCGAUGCGCAUCCAGCCGGGGCAGUUCCGCCUGCUCAAUGCACUGGGCUUGGACAUUCCCCGGUCCCUGGGCGGGGGGCUGCUACUGCUGGAGCCCCGUGCCCGUGGGGCCGACGCGCAGGCGCGCAUGGAUUCCAGCACCGAGUCCGACCCCUAUGAUAUCUCAAUUGUUGGACUCCCUCCGGCGAGGGUGGCCCCGGAGGUCGGGCCCCCUGGCCCCGGGGCCUGGCCCGAUCGACCGGCAUCAACCCCCGGGACCGGCACUCUUGGGAUCCCCUCACCGCCGGCCUCGCCUGUGGGUCCUCUGCACUCGCCGGUGGAGCCGGGCGCCGCCGCGGGGAUGGCAUCCUCCGGGUCGAUGGCCCACACAGCUGGCUUCACGGGCAGGGAAAGCGCCCCGGCACCGGGUCCACCAGUGGAUGCGUCUCUCCCGUCGGCGUUGGCCGAGGGGCCGGCGGACCGCCCGGCCGAGCUGCCGCCACCCGGUGUGGCCUCGAUCGAACAUCCGGCGGGCGUGGGCCAUGGUGCCGACUCGGCCCAGAGCCUGGAGGAGGUGCUCUUCGAGUAUGAGCAUCGCCGACUGCCGCUCUUCUCGCAGCCGGAGAAGGAGCGCGGCUACAUCCAGCAGCACUUGUCCCUGCAUCAGGCCAUCCGCGCCGCCCUCCUUGACCGGAGUCUGGUGUCGGUGGUCCACCGGGAUGUGGUCAUCCCGGCGGCCGGUGCCGUGCAAGUGGUCCUCGUGCUGAAUGUCCAGUCGCAGUCGUUGCGGCUGUCGCCCUUCGCCACGUCGCUCGGGAUUCGCGUGCGCUCCUUCGACACAAGCCUGCUGGCGGAGGCCGGCCCCGUGGCUGGUGCCGGGGUCGAUGGCACGCGGGCCCUGGUGCCGGACCGGCACAUUGACAUCGUGGCCAAGGCAUGCGCUUCGCGCCUGCAUGUCGUGCACCAGCGCUUUAACUUCGGUUUCGUGCACAAGAAGUCCCGGCAUGAGCGUGUGCUCCAAGUGCGCAACCUCUCAUCGGUGCCGCUCUUCUACCGGCUGCGCAAGUCCGGGUCCGUGGCCUCCGGGGACAUCCAGCUCCCGGAUGGGCUCAUCGGCCUGGUCCGGCCGUACAGCACGCGCGAAGUCCCGGUGGUCUUUGCGCCCUCCCUGUCCGGGCACUUCUUCGAGCAGCUGGCCGUGGAGAACCUCAUGGACCCGGGCGAUGCGCAGGCCGUCAUCAUCAAGGCCCUGGUCCCGCGAGCAACCUCCUUCUUUGUGUCUUCGCUGGACUUGAAGUUCCCUCCCUGCCUCAUCGGGACCACCUGCUCCGGAGUGCCGCGAGUGUAUAUCACCAACACCUCGCUCCAGCCACGAAUCCUUGAAAUGGGCCUCAACCCGUGUCUCGGCAUCGGCGAGGGCACGCGCCUGAGCGCGGUCUUCCACCUGGACCCGGAAUCGGCACGCCCCUACCGCAAGGAGUCCGCCGAAAAGCUCGAAAGUAUGGAGCAGAAGUUGAAGAUCGCCCGGCGCAAGGGCAACACCGACAAAGUCCAGCAGCUGUUGGAGAAGAUCGCCCACCUGCGCGAGGCGGAUGACCGCCCGAAGGAGGUUCCCCCACUGCGGGAUCUGGGCGUCGGCCGGCCGGGGCUGGCCGGGGCUGCUCCGGGGCUGGGCAUGGGGUCGACGGCCCCGGUGGCCCCGGCGCCCCCGGCCUCCGGGACCUUUGUCCUCCGGCAGCCGGAAAAUGGGCUCCUCUUCCAGAUCGAGCCACAGACCACGGCCAUUGUGAGUGUCUACCUGUCGGCGAUCCCGGUCCGGGCGGAUGCCCCGACCCCGGGGCUUGGUGGCAGUGCCACCGGGCCCGGGCCGGCGGGGAGUGGCCAUAGAGAUCCGGCAUCGCGCGAGCCGGCCGUCGGGUCGCUGUUUGUGCAGGAGCAUCGCAACGCCGACACCAUCAAGUUGGUGACCUUCCGGUCGAUCAUCUGCCAUGACAUUGCCUCGUACAUCAUUUCCCUGGCGCAGCAUGGCCAAGAGGCGGGCAUCCUGCCGGACACGUCGGAGCUGCAUGCCCUGGCCUCGGCCGACGCAUUGGACCUGUCGGUGCCGGGCGGUCCGACGGUCGGCGGCGCGGUGGCCGGUGGCUUGGCCGCCCCUGCGGACACGGCUGUGGCAUUGCCCGCGGCGGUGGCCGGCUCCGCCGUGACCCCCUCGGUCCCGGUGGUGUCUAGCCCCGGCGCCCCGGCUCUUUCGACCAUUGUGGACACCAUCCGCGGGGCUUGCCUCAAUGCGGUAACCCUCUUCCGCACUCUGAGUGCGGUCAGCUCGCCGGAAUCCUCGCCCACACAGCUGCUCCAGGUGCUGGGCCUGGCCUUGCUGCAGGACGGCCCGUCGGCGGCCAUCCCGCUGACCCCCUCGAAGCCCCCGCGGCCGGUGGACUUCACCAAUGUGGCCGACCACCGGGGAAGCCCUUCUCCCGGCGGCUCGUCCAGCAGCGUGGUCUCCUUCGCCCGGCGCCUGUCGCUGGUGGAGCCCAUCUGCCCGCUGACCCUGCCAGCGGUGCCGGUUGUCCGGGGCCAGGCAUUGCUGGAAGUGGGGUCCGUGGCCCUGGGACAGCGUCUCCAGCGGCAGCUUCCCUUCAUCCUGCCGUGGCUCUGCCGCGAGCACAGCCCCAUCCUGGCGGCCGGCCAGCCGUCAGGCAGCGAGGAGGACCCGGACUCCGACGCCUCGUGCCCGAGCGAGGUGGAGCUCCACCCGGCCGGAGGGGCCGACGAGCCCGGCAUCGGCCCCGGACCCGGGCAGCCCGGGCCCGGGGCCCCGCCGCUCACCUGCCAGGGGAUCCCCCCGGUGCUGACCUUCGAGCUGGUGUCCAUCGAGGUGGACCGCUCGCCCGGCGGGUCCUCGGCCCUGGGGCUGGACGCGCGCGGGCGCCUCCCCCCGGGGGACCUGCCCCAGGCGGAUGCCGCGGCUUCCGGCAGCCCGAUCGAGGCCCCCCCGGCGGAGCGCCCCAUGUGGGAGGAGCUGUCGGAGGCCGACUCGCCGCUGGUAUUCUCGGCUCGGCGUUUCACCCUCAGUUCCACCUCGCAGCUGAUGGUUCCGGUGGUGAUCGAGCCCACUCGUCGGGGGCUGCCCUCUCUCGGGGCUGGGGGGUCCGGUGCGGCCGGCAUGGCCACCGAGCCCGGGGGUGAUGUCGGUGGCGAUGCCGGGGACCGGCUGCUGGCUGGCGCCCAGCCCCGGCCCGGCUCGGCGACGGCCGCCCUCGGGGGCCCGCCCCUCACGCCGGGGGGCUCCCUGCCCGGGGGUGGCCCUCGCUUUGGGCGCCUCUGCCUGCGUGUGACCAUGCGCUGUGUGGAGCUGGGCCAAUCCCUGCGGACGCUGGUUCGGCUGGACCUCAAGCCUCCCACCUUGCUGGGCUUUUCCCUGGAUGGCCCCUCAUCGCCGGUGCCCGGGGAGGGUGGCCCCCUCGGUCGGCCGACCCUGGCGGCCCCCUUCUCCCUGGGCCCGGCCGGGCCGGCGUCACAGUACUUCCUGGACUUUGGGGUGUGCUAUUCCAAGCGAGCUGGCGAUGGCCCGGGCCAGGGGUCCCUGCCGGGGAGUCCGGCCGGCCUGGCUGCCGGGAGCCCUGGCUCUGCCGGGACUGCCGGCCCGGGAGGCAUGCUGGUUGUUCCCCUGACUGUCAGCGGGGCCUACCUGGAUUCCGGUGUCCUCUUGAUGGCCAGCUCGAAUCUCACCAAGCAGGUGCUCAUCUUCUCGGACCGGGACCUGACGCAAGAUGCCCGUCGGGUGUCGCUGGAGCCUGGCGCCACGGUGACGCUGUAUGUGUGCUUGCGCCCGCGUCAGGGGCAGCAGCCUCGCGAACUGGUCGGCGGGCUGAACUUCCUGGUUUUUGCAGACGACCUCCAAUACGCUGCCGGUCGGCCGAUGCGCUCGGAAACCGUUCGCUUCCGUGUGAUCUUCGGCUCGGUGACCCUCAGUGUCUCGCCCUCCUCCGUGGACCUGGGCACGGUGCAGGCGCCCAGCCCAUCGACCGAGCCAGGCGCCGCCAAUGGUCCCGAGCACUGGGUGUCCGGCAGCUUCUCCGUGGCCAAUGCCACGGCUCGCCUGUUGCCGGCGGUCUUCCGGCUGCGGUCCGCCUCGCCCGACAUUCUGCGUCUGGAGGAUGGCGCCGGCGACCGGGAGUUCAUCCUCCCCCCGGGGGCGGGAAACUCCGGCGGGGAAUCCGCCCCCGGGCUCGUGGUGCGCUUCGCCAUGAACCUCCGCGAGCCUGGCCUCCACCGGGCACAUGUGGUCAUCGAGUCUCUGCAAACUGGCGGCUUGAUUGGCUUCGAGCCGGUGGUGGUCCCGGUGUCGGCCUUUGUGGCCGGUGGCGAUCUCCGGAUGGGGCUCCUCCGCAGCCCGGGCGAAGUCCCGCCCGCGGAGGCAGCUCGGUGCCGGUGGCCCAUUGUCCAGCUGGGCAGCGACCCGGUGGUCUUGACGCCCAUUCAGGCGGCACGCAUCGAGUUGACAUCCUACAUCUUCCACUCGGCCGGCCUUGGCCGAGCCUUCCUGUCGCCGGUGCAUCGCUUCGACUUGGGGGCUGGUGGGCCAGGUCCAGCCGACCGGCUGGUCAAUUGGCUGGCCGCCGGCCAGGCCGUCAUGCAGCCGCUGGAGGACAUGCCGCUGGCCCCGCAGGCACAGUACACCACCAUGCGCCUGGGUGUUCUCUUCCAAGACCGCCGCCGCGUGGCCUUGGGCCCGGGCCCGGGCCCGGUUCUGGCCUCGCCCAAGACCAAUGUCCUGCUGGCGGCACGGCCCCUGGCACUGGCCACGCCGAAUGUGUCCCGGCCCACGGUCACCGAGGCCCAUCUGCAGGAGCUUCGCCAGCCUACCCUGGUAUAUGGCGACCGGCUGCCAGCCCUGCCAUGCGGGUCGGAGUUUGACCUGCUGGCCGGGGCCCCGGUGGCCGACGGCCUGCUGCCUGCGGAUGCCGGGCCUGGGCCGCACUACCUCAGCGGCUUGGUGGUGGAGCCGGCCCUGUCAGCCGCCCUGGCCGCUGGGCCUGUGGCCGAGACACUCUCCUCCGAGGGUCACAUCCUGAUUGAUAUCCUCGAGCCGGAGGAAGAGGCCCCAGGCGUGGAAUCAUCGCCAGGCAUGGGCCCCGGGCGACCGUAUGCUCGCCGCUCGGCCGUGGCCAUCCCCAUCCGAACCACCUUCGUUCUCUCACGGGCCGAGCUCCUGGCCCCGGUGGGUGGCCAGUUGAACCUCGGGGCGGUCGGCCACAGCACGGACUUCGGCCCGGUGCCCUUUGCCUUUGUGGUGCAAAACCAAUCGCCCAUCACCUUUGAAGGGCUGUUGCAAUUUGACUCGGCCCUCUUUUCGGUGGCCCUCGGCAGCGGUCCGGCCACCGCGCCGGCUCUCCAGGCCGCCGAGUCCGUCGGGCAGGCCGUGGCCGAUCCGCGCCCGGCCGGCCGAACAGCCGCCCUGGCUGUGGCCAUCCCCCCGAUGGGGGUGGCACACUUUGCCGGGGCCCUGCAAACGGCUUACCUGCUGAAGAGCGCCCAAGCCGGCGCCCCGCCACUCGAGUGUGCGCAAAUCGCCCUGAGCAACCGCCACAAUCCGGACAAUUUGCUGUCCGUGGCGGUGCACUUCCGUCUGGAUGCCUUCGAGUUGGACAUUCGCCGGACCUCGCCCCUGGACCAGCUGCCCGGCGGGUGGCCCUGCUUGCCGACGGCGUACCUGCAGGAUCCGGCCUUUGUCGGGUGUCGACCGGACGGCACCCACCCGCUGCCCGAGGGGCCGGUCUCGGCGGGCACGGUGGACCUGCUGCCCGGGCUGCCGGCCGGCAUGACCGGCACCCCGGCGGCCCUGCUGCUUGAGGGGGCGCUGUCCGUGCCGCCGCUCUUCGAUGGCCCAGCCGCCACCUCUGACACGCCGGUGAUGGCCGGCAUGGCCAAUGCCGCGACGGCUGCCCCGGCAGGCGGCAGCGAUCUGCCGGGCCCCUCGGCCACGACCGCCACGACCUGGUUCUCGGUGGCAAACACCUCUCGACGAGCUGUUCGCGCUCGUGUGCAUGCCGACAUCCUUCCCGCCCUGGCCGAGUGCUUCCAGGUGUCGAUUCACUCGCGCUUAUUUUCCUCCCGGCUGGAGCACCUGUCUUUGGACCCUGGCGACGAGGUGCAGCUAUGUGUUACGGCAGCCACUCGUGCCACGGCUCCCUUCCCUGGAUGGCUGCGUGCCCGAUUGCGAGAGGUACUUCGCCAGCGAACUGGCGCUUCGCCAAUGGAUGCGCCCUCGGGCUCGGUGGCUGCGCUGCUUUCCAGCUGGCGACCAAGUCUGCUGGCAGCGUCUGCGCCGGGGGACAUCCCUGCGGCGGAAGACUCCUCCGAGGCCCUUCAUCGCCCGGGUGACCGCCCGAUGCCGGCCCCUGCGGCGCAUCUGCUGCUCGGCUGGCUCCGGGUGUCCCUGCCGCACCCGACGCGCAAGGGGCAGAGUGUCUGUCGGAGCAUCGCCCUCAUUUCCCGCCUCUUCGCCCUGUCGGACGACACGGUGGAGUUCCACUCGCUCCUGUCGCUUGCCAGCUGCGACCACAUGGAUACCCCGCAAGCCGGCUGCCCCGGGUGCAAGGACCACCUGCCUUCGGGGUGGGGCCCGCCCAGGCCGGUCUCCCCCCUGGCGGCUGCGGCCGCGUCCAUUGUCUCGACCUCGCCGCGGCCCUUCCGCGCGGGCCUGCCCCUGUUGUAUCCGCUGGCGCGCCCGCCGACGGUCCUGUCCCUCGGGACCUCGCCACGGAGGGCGCUCUUCAUGCCGGCCCCGGUCGGGGUCGGGAAUGCUCCAUCCUCGGUGGUCACCUCCCCUGCGGCCCCUGCGAUUGCCGCCCCGGCGCGGACCCUCACCAUCAGCAACCUGUCGGAUCGGGCGGAGCUGCGCCUCGGCCUCGGGCUGGUGGGCCUGCCGCCGGAGCUUACGCCGGACGCGGUACGCGUGUCUUAUCGGACGCGCCCGGCCCCGGGACCUGGAGGCCCUGCGCCGGCCAUCCAGCCGGAGCCGGCCCCGGUGCCGGUCCCCCUGGCCCUGGAUCGGGUGGAGCUGCUUCCCCUUCCGGCUGGCGGGGAGCUCGCCCUGGAGGUGGCCUUGGCGGACACCCUGUGCGAGACCACGGCCGAUGUGGUGCUCGGGCUUUUCGACACGGACUCCUGGUCCCUGGGCGCCGGCCUGGUGUCCCUGCUGCGCAUUCGUGUCGUGUCCAUGCAAGCUGAGGACUCGGGUGGCUCCCCCGAGGGAGACUCCACACCUGACCCAGGGCAAGAGGACGCUCCGUCGGCUAUGGCCCGACCGACGCACCACUCCUCGGCUGCCGGUCCGAGUGUCGACAACGACCAGCCGGAUCUCGUGGUCUCCGCUCUCCUGGAGCCUGUUCCGGACAAGGACCAUGGCGAUGGUGGGGAUGCCGGCGGGGAUGGCGUGCCAGCCCCCCCGGCGCCGGUGGCCCUGUGCCCCGCCCUGUCCGACCAGCGCCCUUAUGCGUUGGUAGACCUGGGCCCGGGUGCGAAUGCGGCGAUGGUGGCCACCGGUCGAUCCGGCCUCCGGGCUUCGGCUGUCCCCUUCGAGGUCCUCCUGCGAGUGACCCUCUCACCGGGGUAUGCGGUCCUGCGUCAGGCCCCCGGGGCCCUUUCGGUGCAGACCACCGGCCAGAUCUCCACCGGCCAGGGUUCCAUCCAGCUGCCGGGGGAUCCACGCCAGGCAGCCGAGCUGCGCCUGCAGGUCGAUGUGUCACAGGCUGGGCCCCUGUACGGCAGCGCGACGAUCAGCCACGCCCGGGCCGAUGGCACGACCCAGCAGCGGACCCUGGUGUUCGGGGGCUUCAUCGCCCCGAGUCGGGUGUAA